AUGGCGGUCCGUACUAAAAGCAUUUUCUCCAACAGGUUGGGUACAACCUAUAGUGAAACACUUCACGCUCGGGAUGCCAAUUCGAUCUUAAGAUUAGCACAUACAAUAUCUGACGCGAACGAUUACCGAUUUUUGGUUCCAUACUUUGUACACAAUCGUCCGAUACCAGUUGCUCCUCCUGAAAUUGAAGUUGAUUCGAUAGAAGAAUCUACCACGCCAAUCAACCCUACAUUUUCGACGUCUAUUCUGUAUACUGUAGAACCGUAUAACCCUAUCCCAGAUAUGUUUAUCCCCACAAAUACUGUAAUAUUAUACCGCCAGAUCCAAUAUACGCCAAGAAUGGAACUUUUAUCAUACCAGGAAUCCAAGAAUGGUUCACCUAUAUGUCAGAACUGGAGAAGAAACUCGCCCGAUAGGCGGAGGCAAGAAAUACUACAAAUUGACCAUUGUCAACAGCAAGACAACAUUGAACGCGAUACGAUUGCUAAAGCUAGAAAGGAAGAGGCUGCCCUCUUAGGAACAAGUGUUAAACGUCUUGACACCCGCUGUGUAGCAAUAGAUUGCCUAACUUCUACGGCUGAUAUUUUUCAUGAGAACAUGGUGAAAUUUACAGAAAAGAAAGCAAUUAACGCUGGUAACAUCAAACGUCAAAAGAAAUAA